UUAAUCAAAUUGCAAAUGCUUUAGUACAUGUCUCAAGUGACUCUGUGCUUCUUUUCAAAUGAUUAUGUACAAGUAGCUACAGUUAGCACAAUGAGCCCACAUUUAGCACAUUUUCCAAAUAAAUAGAUCUUGCCGAUCUAAACUGAUUAGUUGAUUUUUCAGUGAAAUGGUCACUCACUCCAAAACAUAUCAGCAUGGUUUCAUUGUGUAAGUCAUCAUGUGCACAAUUGUCUGUUCAACUGUCAAAAUUAGUCAAAGAUAUAAUACCAUGAAAGAAUAUCUUGGAACAUUUGAUAAAGUUAUGACAGUACUUGACAAUCAAUCAGGUGAAAUUAGAACUAACGAAGGAGCAGUUUCCCACAUCUCAGAUGACCAAUAAAACAGGUUGUUCAGAUACCUGACAGGUGUUGUCUAUGAUUAUGACUGCUGCCAAAAGUAUAUAGACAGAGCUUGGCGCGGGGCCAGUUUCAUUUGCAGUGUGAACAUGGAAGCACCUCGCCAAGUACAACAGCAACUUCCUGCUCGAGGAAGAGGAGGAAGAAGAAGAGGAAGAGGAGGAGUGAGAAUGCGUGGAGGAAUAGGGGGAAGAGGCCGAGGAGCACGGAGGCACCAUGAUGUCCCAGAUGAAAUCCGGGCCACCCUUAUUGACCACGUCAUAAACCAUCGCCUCACAAUUGCAGAGGCAGGUCGCCGAGUGCAGCCUAAUGUGCCUCGGUCUACAGUCUCCUCCAUCAUCCAAACCUUUCGCAGGGAAAACAGGAUUGGACGACAGCCUCAAGUGGGUGGCAGAAGAAAACUUCUAAAUGAACAACAAGAACAAGAAAUAUGCAACAUGGUCAUUGCAAAUAAUGCCAUCACACUGAGACAGAUUCGUAAUGCAAUCCUGCUAGACAAUGUAAUGUUCCAAAAUAUAAACUCUAUCAGCAUCUCCACAAUAGACCGGGUAUUGAAGAAACAUCAGAUGACCAUGAAACAGAUUUACAGGGUACCAUUUGAGAGAAACUCUGACAGAGUGAAAGGGCUGCGGUACCAGUAUGUGCAUGUAAGUCAACUACUGGUUGUCUAUCAUUGUAACACUAUUACAGUAAGACAUGGUUACCACUGUUUUUUUGUUUUGCGUUAUCCUUUUCACCUUCAGAAUCCAGCUUUGUGUGACUAGAGCAUUUUUCCUAGAAAUUGUCUUCAGUUUCCCACUCCCUGUUUGUACAGUACUUUAGAUCCUCCCUGCAGUAUCUGUCUCUACUUGACUGAUUAGAUUUAUUUCUAUUCUAUUGUAGAGAAUUAUGGCAUUAGAAGGCAACGAAACCCCUCACAUCCUAGUGUUCGUUGAUGAAGCUGGCUUCAACCUGGCCAAAGGUCGAAGGCGUGGCCGUAACAUCAUUGGCCACCGAGCCACUGUGGAUGUCCCAGGCCAGCGAGGAGCAAAUAUAACAAUGUGUGCCGCUAUAUCAGAAAGAGGUGUGGCCACACACAUUCCCAGUUUAGGGCCCUACAAUACACAAAAGCUCCUCAAUUUUUUGGACCACCUUUAUACUGAUCUGAUCCCAGAAAAUGAGAGAGGUGUAGAAGGACCUCAGCUACCACAUUAUGUCAUUGUGUGGGAUAAUGUGAACUUC